AUUUGUGAGUUGCUGCAGAGUCACUGCUAGUGUUUGUUUGCGUGUAAACAAGCUGAGGUCGGAAUAGAAGAGUCUAGGGUUGCGCCUAAAAAAAUAAUACACAGUGUAUUAUUUAAAAAUCCGCAGGUGUUGAUUUAGCAGGUGGUAGUCCUGCGAAUUGAUAAGCGAGUUAACCAUAAGGGGGUAAGCGCUUGGCAGUUUGAGGGCGAAGGGUGCGCUGAAGGAGGACUGCGAGGGUAUUCCCGAUUGCUUUCGUUUUGUUUCGUUUCGUUUCGGCCAAGCUAGACCAGGCAGUGCUGUUGGAAACUCCCUGGAUGUGUACGGGCCUAGUUCAACAAGGAGCACAGUCUGUUAUCAAGCUGGCAGGAGCACACGUUUUUGAAAAUGGAAUCUGAAGUGAAGGACGGAGAGGAGGAGAGUCUGCAGACUGCUUUCAAGAAGUUGAGAGUGGACGCUGAAGGUCACUUUCUCAGCUGGAGGGACACAAUUACACAGCUCUUCCUUUGCAAGCACAGGGUAACCCACCCUGGGACCAUUUUCUCCACCUCAUUCUCAUCAACCACAAAUAGAGGGAACCCCCUGCCCAGAAUUGAGUCCACUUCAGCUGGAAUAAUCUGCAUUUUAUUUGCACAGUUGUACCUAUUGGUUGCAUUACAAGUUUCAUUAAGGUCUACUGCGGCAGCUCGAGUCUGUGAGUCAGCAAGUCAGAGAACACCAGCUCGUGCAAAUGCAGAAGGAGCCAAACCGAAGACGGCGUGUUCAAAAGAGAACUGGCACGGUUGUGCAAGAAAGACAUCAAGGGGAGCUGUUCGAAGCCAGCGCAGACGCCGCUCAAAAUCUCCCAUCCUUCACCCUCCAAAAUUCACCUACUGCAGUUCCAAAGUGUCCCCACCUACCUGCCAGCUCAAACACAAAAGCCAGCCUGACCCUAACCAAGGAUGCAUUUACCUCGGAGCUCCUGCUAAAAAGGAGCUUUUAUCUGCAGGGAAAUCCUCCCCAGUGUUCGGUGCCACCGCUUACCCACCGUACAAUCUUCAGCCUGGGGGAGCUGCGGCUCCUGGAGAAAUUGUGAAAUCCACAUCCACCUCCUCCGAAGACGAUGAUGUCAAUGGAACUCCGAAACAAUCCUCGCCGGGGAACAGCCACCAGAAGGUCCGCUCUGAAAGUAAGCUCAGUUCUAACUCCCCGUCUGACUUCCAGUCGCUGUCCAAGCUCAGCGAGGACAAGGACUGCUCCUGUCCCCAGAAAGAGUGCCAGUGCAAAAACUGGCAAGGCGUGGAGGUGUACUCCUUCACCGGCCUUCGAGACGUCAUUUCGGAAUGCGAGAGAAACAUGGCAUCGGAGGGCAUUUCUCACACUCCAUCGCAAAGGAGAACUGGGAGCAGUACUGCGACGACAGGGUCCCCGCGCUCCUGUUCAGAGCAAGCCAGGGCGUACGUGGACGACAUCACAAUCGAGGACCUUUCAGGUUAUAUGGAAUACUAUCUGUAUAUCCCUAAGAAAAUGUCGCACAUGGCAGAAAUGAUGUACACUUAGAGUGGUUAGCUUUUUUUUUUUUUAAUGGUUAAGCAUGAUGGUGCAAAAGCAAGGCAAUUAGAAGUUUACCUUUGUCAUGCUGUUCUGAUCAAGCUGCUUGUAAUAAGCACUUUUUUGUGUGUGUGUCCUGUGUUCUCAAUCCCAGAUCUCGCACGCACACAGUGACAAGAUAGAUUUCAGUGAAUCUGAGUUUUUAUUGAUCCAUUGUUGCAACGAUCGUUGACAUGAUAAAGUUGCCAAAGUUCUCCCAGAGUAUUACAGGUAUGAUUUUCAGACUGUAUGUAAAGCCAACAUUGGAACUAUGUUCCUGAUAUCAAGGACGUGAGAUUUUUGUGUGGGAGCUUCCAUUUCACUGUGUUGAUUAUACAUUGUUGAUGUUGCAUCUGCGUAAUAUAACACUCAUCAUUCUAACAUGAUAGCAAUCUUUUAUGGUUUGUUUUGUUUUUGGGGGGUGGGGGGUAUGUUUGUUUAAAUAGUGAUUUUCAUAACCUCAGCAUUAUGAGAUCCUGUUUGAAUGUUUUGUUGGGUUUUUUCAAUCAAAUUCAUGAGUGAUGUGUGGGCUUGGGCAAAAAAACAACUAAACAACACUAUGUAGUACAUGUGCAUUCUUUAAUCUCUCCAGAUAUUUAUUUACACCCAGAUUGAUGCCAUUUUUACCUAGUCUGUUAAUAGGUAAAUAUUAUUUAAUGCUGUGUGAACACAAUUGUCUUAACAAUUAGCAUGUUGCUAUUGAAGUUGUCCAGUCUGCUGAACUAAUUGCCUUCUGGGAAAUACCUUUAUUUUUUUUUAUUUUUUUGUUGUUGCAAUUCCAUUAAAUUUGUAAUUUAAAUCAAUGACUAAUGGCUAUGGAUCCUUGCAUACCAACAAAAGAAAUAUACUCUGCAAAUGAA